AUGGAGGCAGUAACAAGGGCCCGCCUCUGGCUUCCCGAGCUAAUCUCGCUGCUUGGUGUGACACCGAAAGAUCUUUUCAACUUCGACGAAACAGCACUUUUCCCGGCGUGUCAGCCACGGAAGACAUGGGCGCUGGAGGUUCCUGUCGGCGGAAAAAUUGCAAAAGACCGUGUGGUUCUUCUCGUGGACAAUGCAGCGAGCCACCGUGUUGAUUCGGCGACCGCUUUGCGCGAAGACAUACUGGGAUUCCGCACCGUGAAACUGAGCAACUUGCGCAUCGUAUACCUCCCUCCGAACACCACCGCUUUCACGCAGCCCCUUGACCAGGGCGUGAUCCGUGCAGUGAAAGCCCGCUUUCGGCAGCGGGUGAUUGCUGAUUGGCUGCAUCGGUGGGACGACAGCGGGAGCAGCGGCACCCGCCAGACCGUGAAGCCAAAAUCUUGGCAGAUGGUCAUGUGGGUGUUUGAGUCUUGGGAUGAUGUUGAACCUGAGACAAUUCAGCGCUGCUGGUGGCACGCAGGCAUUCUUCCUCGUGCCUGGAUUCCCCUCUUCCCGCGCAACGUCACCGCUACUACAUCGGACCCGGCAGCCACUAGUGAGCAGCUCGACUUGCUCUCCACGCAACUCCAGCGCCUCAAUAUCGGGCCAGCAGCAAUGACGGCGCUGGAGUUCAACUCUGUUGACGACCAAGUUCCCACAUGCGACUUCUUUGGGCCUGAUCCGCUGGCGGACGAACCCCCUCGCACACACGGCAGUCCUCGUGCGGAUCCCGUCCAGCCAAGUGGACCGGCCGACGCGGACAUGCUCCGCGAGCGACGCCGCGUGGCUAGGAACGCCACUGAGAUCCUUAUCGGCUAUGCGCGGGCGUCAAGGAUCCUGCCAAUGGAUCUGGCGCAGAUAUUUGGCAUCAGCAACUCUGAUGUACUUGCGCGACUGGAUCGAGCCAGUCGCGCGUACCUGAACCUGAACAACCCCCCACCUAGCAGCGGCAGUUACGCUGUGGGUGAUGCACAAGAUGCAACGGCGGUUAUGGACGGCUUCGCGGAGGAAGCUGAAUGGCUCCGCGACUUCUAA